AUGUUAAGAAGAAUUGAAGUGCCUAGGUCUUCCAGUGGUUUUGGGUUUCGUCUACGAAAUGAAUACCCAUGUUACAUAGAUCAUAUUUUGAGUGGGUCUUCCGCAGAAAAGUCAGGCGUCCGCAUAGGUGACCGACUGCUCAAAGUUAAUGGUGAAGAUGUAACUAAUAUGACGCAUGAAAAUGUAGCUUCCUUGAUAUGGAAGAGUCACAGAAGUCUUAUUAUUGAGGUUCUUUCUUCAGAUCUUGAAAAUAAUACAUAUAUUCCAAGCACUCCGGGACCUAGUUCCCCCGAUAGAUGUCUUAUCAGUGGAAUAAGACAGAAAGCUUCCAGUUUUGGUCGAAAUUCUGCUGUUUUUAUAUACGCAGGCUGUGUGAAAGUGCCUAUGGAUUUCAGGCUGUGCGCGAAAGAUCUAUCAAUCUUGAGAAAGAAAGCCAACUCAGUUGUAAAUAAAAUAAAUGCAAGUGCAAGGUCUUUGUGCUUAGUCAGCGUCUCACGUAGCGUUUUACGGGUUCGCUUGUACGAAGGAUACGUCGCAGAAUAUCCGGCUAGCUGUUUGUACGUCGCUGGUCUUGUUGACUUCGAUGAAAAGUUCGUCUACAUAGUUACACGAAGCAUAUUAAAACAUAACAGUGACCCAAUAAUGGAAACUCCUGAGUCACAGAGCGAAACAAAUAACAUCAAGUCAAUGAACUGCCAUGUUUUCAGAACCCUGCCAUCAAAGUUUUUGGCUCACUCUGGCCACAGUACAAUUGCAGAGACGUUUGGAAUACACUGUUCAAAUGAUAUCUUGACUGGUGAGUGCUGUAAUUUUCCGUCGAGCACCACUGGCAUUUUGUCGUAUCUUUACAAUUUAUUGGGAAAAUCGGGUUUACAGAACAUAAUAAACAGCGGGGACCGUCGAAAUUCGUGUGUGCAAACAGAGCAAAGUAUUGAUUUAAAUUGUGUUCCAGCUAGUACUACAGCAACGCAUUUUGGGCCUAAACGGUGCAGAAAAUCUCUCCCUGAUCCAAUAAAUGUGAGCAUAUUCUCAAAAUUCCUAAAGCCUAAAACACCAUGUCGAAAUUCAAGAGUUAUGAAUCCAAAGAAUUCCGAAAUAGUAAAAACAGAUACUGAUGAACAGCCUUCAAAAAUUGGUUGUUUUAGUUCAACAGUUGAAGAUAUUGAAAAUGUUGAUCCAUCUAGAGUCGUAGAUUCUUCUCCCUGCUCCUCUUCAAAUCCAGCAUUUUGGGCAGAAGAUUUCGAUAAUCUUUUGAAUGAUCCGAUUGGUCGUAAUGAGUUUAGAAAAUUUCUGACUACAGAGUACAGCAGCGAAAAUCUUGAAUUUUUGAUGUCUGUUCGCAACUGGCGUGAUUCUUUUGAGAUAGGAAAUGUACAAGAAAGUGCCCGUGAUAUAUUUAACCGAUUUUUAACUCCUGCCGCUCCUCAAGCUGUAAAUAUAGAUCAUUCGGCUUUAAAAUCUGCAUCAUCGUGUUUAUCAAAUCCUCAUAUAAACAUGUUUUUAGAGGCUGAAAAUCAGGUGUAUAUGCUAAUGAAAACAGAUUCAUAUCCACGCUAUCUGGAGUCUUCAAGUUAUCUAAAUUACUUAAAUGAAUUCAAUGUAAAUAAAUCCUCGAAAAAAUUAUCAUCAUUUAAAAAAACUCAUUUAUUUCGAAGUAAAUCAAAACCUUUUAGUCAAAAACCAUUAACACCAUCAGCUUAUAGUAGUCAGAUUAAUGAUUCCGAAAGUACACGAUUAACACGGAGUUUAACAAUAAAUCAAACUGAUAUGGUCAAUAGCAACAGACGUGUUCUUAGGGUAUUAAAUCGAAUCCAGGCGAUUGAAAAAUACCGUGGAAACAACGAAAGACUAACUGUUGUGGUCUGUAUACCGCAAGAAUACGAUUAA